UACUACUUUUGUAACAAUAUUAAUUAUAAAUGACUUUUGAAGCACAUAUUACUUAAUUAUUUAAAGGUUUGGUCGGAUUAUAAAACCCAUUUGAAAGAAAAAUGCGGCGGAACAAAGUAAGUAUCUCUGGAACUGGUGGUGGUCCUCCAAGUCAUUGCACCUUAACACCGUUGGAGGAGCAGGUUAGUGAGCUUCUGGCUAUGGAAAUAUCCGUCAGUGGAAUAAGCGGCACCUCAGAAUUUGGUGCAGCACAGUUAACACAACCAAGUGGGUCAGACAUCACAACCGACGAAUUCCGGCAAAAUGAACAAACGCCAGUGGAUGAAAGGCCACAUUGUUCACAACAAAGAGUCGCUCCGCAAAAGAAAGAUAGCCUUUUAAAUAAGCAAGUGGAUAACCGAAUCGCUUAUCACAAAGGUUCAUUAAAAGUGUUAUCUGAAAUUAAUGAAAAUCUGAAGAUUUUGUUUUCAUUCUCCUUCGUUUCGGUCAGUAAUGUCAACUAUACUGGAGAUUUCUCGACGGGAAAACAGUGCAACACUAUUUACAAUGCGAAAGUGUUACGGAGUACCGCAACGCAAUUCACUUUCGCAACGCAUUGCUAUUCGUAA